AUGCAUCUUAUCGUGUAUUUUUUCAUUCAUAAACUUAUUGUACUCGUAAAUAAAAAACUUUUUCAGCCCCUUGACUUGUUUCAAACCUUUUUCUUUUGUUUGAAAGCUUUGAACUUUACUUUUGAAAAAAGGAAUAAGAAACUCACUGAUGCUCGCCUUGAAGAAGUGCCACGCGGUAAUAGUUAG